CUGCUCUUUCACCCUAAGUGGGCGGUGCUUCCACAGUAGUUUUGGAGUUGUGCUUUGUUAAAUAAUGAAAUUGUAUACAUGUAAGCAGCAUGAAGAAGAAAUCUUUAAUAUUUAAAAAGUAACUGGAAUUACACGCAGUCACAAACAUUGUAUUGCACUGAACUGCUUAAACAAAUGGAGCAAUGAGCGCCCGUGAGUACGGAGCACUGCAAUCAUAUCGGGCCUUAUUGUUCUGAGAGCAUAUUGUAAAGAAAAAUGGCUGAUUUUGGAUCGGCCUUAUCAAAAGAAGGCUGGUAUCUGUCAGAUGAAGGAAUUGAAGCAUGUAUUAGCUCAUUGGACAAAGCACCUGCUGUUAAUGACAUAAUCCAGAUUGCACUUAAUAGUGAUCUUCGGCCAAUUGGAAAGAAGUUUCUACCUACUGAUAUCAACAGUGGAAGGGUAGAAAAGCUUGAAGGGCCGUGCAUUCUUCAGGUACAGAAAGUAAGAAAUGUGUCAGCUCCUAAAGACAAUGAAGAAUCCCAAGCUGCUCCACGAAUGUUGAGAUUGCAAAUGACAGAUGGGCAUACAAACUGUUUGGGAAUAGAAUACAAGUACCUGUCAAAAAUAAGCUUAAACACUGCUCCUGGCACUAAAGUAAAACUUCUUGGAACAGUUUUGAUAAAAAAUGGCUUCCUGUUGCUUGAUGACAGCAGUAUUUCCGUCCUUGGUGGAGAGGUUGAUCAUAUGAUAGAAAAAUGGGAACUGCAAAGGAGUUUGGCGAAGCACAAUAGAAGUAAUGUAGGUGCAGAAGGUGGACCACCUCCUUUUAUUCCCUUUGGUCAGAAAUGUGCUGCCCAAGAGCAAGUGGACACCAGGGAACUUGAUCAACGAAAAACACUUCAAGUUACUAAUGCAGUAAAGUCUCCUGAAGAAAACGAUGAAUUUGAAAAGCAAAGGAUAGCUGCUAUUGCUGAAGUUGCAAAGAGUAAAGAGACUAGGACUUUUGGAGGAGGAGGAAAUGCUGGAAACAAUCUCAGUACUGGAAGCGUUAACUCUAGAGGCAGAGAAGUAUCAGUUAAAAAACGAGAUGAUAAACCUGUAUAUUCUGAAUCCCGUUCAGAUGGAGUUUAUAGAGAACUGGUAGAUGAGAAAGCAUUAGGGGAAAUCAUGGAAAUGGGAUUCAAUAAAGAAGCUGCAAGACAGGCCCUCAUGGAUCACAGUAACAACCUGGAAGCUGCAUUAAAUUUUUUACUUAAUAGCAACAAACCAAAGUCUGCUCAGGGGUCAGCACUCAAAGGAAAGGGAAGAGGAAGAGGUAGACCAAAACCAGAAGAUGAAAAUGACCUUUCUGCAAGCAGACCCUCAGGACCCAGCACAUUAUUUGAUUUCUUGGAGUCAAAAAUGGGUGCUUUCUCAUUUGAAGAACCUAAGCCACAGUCUGUACAGAGUCAUCAAGUACAAGGGAAAAAGGUGCCUUAUACAGGCCUGGACUCAAAUGUUAGAGAAAUGAAUCAGCCAAAGUACUCUCAAAGAAAUGAAUCGAGGCAUCAAAGAAACGAUAAACCACCUCGUUUUCAAAGAGAUAAUCAAUAUACCAAGCCACAGCCAGAAAACACUACAAUACGUUGGACUGGCUUUGAAAAAUCUGCUAAUAUAGGGUCUGAAAAUAGAGGUGAUGAAGGAAAAAGAGGUAGCUGGCCUCAGUUUCCAAAUGCUAAGUCAAAAGAUCAUAUGCCAAACUACUCUCAACAAAAUGAAAUGAUUGUAAAGAAAGCCCAAAGGGAUACUUCUAUGCAAAACAAGUCCACCGAAUGUAGCAGUAUGUCAGAUUCCAAAGGAAAUUCUUGUUUGGACAGCAGGUUUGAAUCGUAUCAAAAAAAAGGUAAAUAUGAGCGUUUAAAUUCAGAUACAUUAGACAAAAAAAUAAAAUCAUUGGACUCUGGAAAUAUGAUUAAUUUAAAAGCUGACCGAGAUAGCAUUAAAAGAACUUUUACAAAUAGAACUGUCAACAGUCAUACAAUUCAGAAUGGGGAAAUGGACAGUCUGAAUCAGAAAAGAACCGGGCCUAUUAAACCUGCAAAUAAUAACUACAUUGAAGAAUAUGAGAGCAAGCCUGUUUUCCAUAAUACUGGAUCCAAAAAAAGAUCAGGACCCAUCAAACCUGACAAGACCUUUGAAAGUUCUCGCAAUUCGUCAGAGUCUAGCCGAUUUUUAUGUGAUAACUGGAAGCCAGGAGACCAGUGCCUUGCCCUUUAUUGGGAGGAUAAUAAGUUUUACAGAGCCAGAAUCAAUGCAGUUCACCCAUCAGGAACAACAGCAGUGGUAGUUUUUAGUGACUAUGGAAACUAUGAAGAGGUGCUGCUCAGUAACAUCAAACCACUUCAAGCAGAAACUUGGGAUGACGAUGAUGUUUAUUAUGAAAAUUCACUAGAAUACCGUCGAGGCGGAGAUGGGCAGCCUAGACGCUCGAGGCCUACACAACAGUAUUAUCAGCCACCUAGAGCUAGAAACUGAUGUGCAAGGUUUUCCUUUUCUGAGAAAACAUAAAAGAAGCACAAAAAUCACUGCUUUCAUGUAGCCAAGAAGAAUUAUCCUCAUUAAAAUCCAAAAGCUUUCUUCCAUUGUGUGGUGCAGUUCUACAGAGAUACAAAAAAAGGGCUUAACAAAUGUUGGAUAAACUCUAAGAAGUUGACUGGAAACUUUGUAAAGAGCAAAAAAGCUUUUUUCUACCUGAUAUAUAUCUAUAUAUAACUGUGUUAAUAAAUACAAUGCACAAUUGUA